AUGGAUUGUAGUUCUCAUGAAUGGAAGAAGCUGAACGACGCAUUCAUAUGUGAAAAUUCGCAAUCCAUAUCUGAAGAAAUUUUAUGGGAAGAGAAUGUAGAUAUUCGUCAAUGGAUCGAAGAUGAGCGAAUCCUUUUGGGAUCGCAUCAAUCUAAUAUGCUGGCUCCUUCAGAAGAGCUUAUAGCUGAGUUUGAUAAAGUUUGGAAGUCACUAGGGGGCGUUCAGUCUUAUCAAUUCUGUUGCUGGUGA